AUGAGAGAGUGUCUAUCGUACCCGGUUCGCGAUCAGUGUUUGAUUACCGUGAGCGUGUCGCGUGUAGAGGAGGCCCGGCGCGUGGCGCUGUUCAUGCAAGAGGGUUCGAACCUGGCAAGUAGCAAUGUGGCAUUUUUCGAGCUGUGCGCUGCGCGGUCGGCGGGCGAGCGCCGCGCGACCUCGCCUCGCGCCGCGCCCCGCGGCUCCGCCACGCCGCCGACCGCCGCUAAGCUCCCCGCGCACCGCGCACCGCCACCUCCGCCGCUAGCUACCUCCUCGCCUGUUCUCACUAGUACAUACGCUAACGGUACUGUGUGCAACUAUUCGUGGCUGUGUGGUGCAUCGCUGCCGCGUAGGUGGUCUGAGAUCACCGUGCAAGGAACUGCGAUCAACAGUGCCCGGGAGCCGGAGAGGGCAGUGACCGCGGUCGCGAUCUCGAACCGCAGCAGUGCGAGCGCGGCGGCGUGCGGCAUGGAGUGCGGCGUGGCGGCGGGCGGGUACCCCGCGCCCCCCGCGCACCCCGCUCUGUCGCCCACCGAGCGCUCGCCCGCUAAGUCCGGUCUGCACGUUAACUUCAGCGACAAAGGAGAGAAGGAGGGCGCGGCAGGGGCGGCGGGCGCGGCGGGCGCGGCGGGGGCGUGCGCCUCGCAGGAGGUGGAGGUCGACAUCGACGAGCUGCUCGACAUGGACAGCGACGAGCUGCGCCGCCGACACCUCACGACUUUACUAGCGGACGCCAAAAAACCUCAAAAAGAUGUACAUAAAUUCAUUAAUGAUUUGUUAGAAAAAGCGAAAACUCUUUAGAUUACGGAACCAAAUCUCAUUGGGUUGACUGAGGAGUGGACGACCGGUAGCCGGAGCCCACGGCGCACAUAUCAGGCAGCGCCGGACCACGAGCUCGUGACCACGCACCGGCCGUGUGGAGCCCGCUUCUAUGUCAUUGUUACAUUGUGUAAUUCUCGUAGAAUUGAUAUUGUCACUUGUUGGUACUUGAUGUCGUAACCCAAGCGCCAUCGACAGUAGCGACUAGGUUUACGACGCGUACGGACUAGCGACCUGAUAAAGUGUACCUAGACCUAAUGUAGAGCACGAGGUUCUCUGUUUGCUGAAUCUAAGCAGGCCAUUGUUUUGCUACAAGAGAAUAACUGUGUAAGGAUAGUUAUGUUAGAAAGUAUUGUAAAGUUAGCCAACUACGAUGUAUAUAGUUACAAUUGUAGGCGUCUACAUUAUGUAGCGCCGCGCGCCGUCGGCAGCCUGCACGACGACACGACAUUGGGAACUUGUUCUAAUUUACGCGUAAGAAUAUCUUGAGUGCAAUAAUACUAAUCUUAAUGCUUGUGUGGCGUACCUAUUGAAUAUAUUGCGAGGAGAUUGCUUUUUGUACUUUAAACUUACGAGACUGACUCAGUGGUCUAGUGAAGUGACAUCUUAAUCCGAAGGUGCUGCGUUAGAUUGCCAGACAAUUUUGGGCAAUUCAAUGUUAAAGUUUUGCCAGGGUUCACUCGCCCGCUCAUAUAAAACUUACGAGAUGUGCCCACAAAUAUUGGAAUUCUAUUGAAGAUACUUCACAAACUGGAAUGCGUCGAUGUGUUAAUCUACGCCCUAAUACAUUUACGUGCAUCCUACAUACUUGUACAAUCUAAUACAAUACUACUAAUCAAUGUGCAUUUCACUACAUAAGUAACUAAAAUUUUUACUAGUAGUUAAGUACACCCAACUAAACACUUCGUCGUUGGAAGAAUGAGCUCAAGUUGAGUAAGGCCUCCAACCUCGUGGCAACAGAUCUUAGAGCCCUAAAUGGCACAGCAAUAAAAUGUCAUAGAGUAUGAUUUAGAUAUUGCUUGCUCGCAAUAAAGCAGACAACAAUAUAACUACCUAAUUAUAUAAACAUAAUUAUAAUAUGUUGUACAUAAGUAUAAUAGGUAUAUUUAACGUCACAGUUUUCUAGUGGGUACCUAUUGUUUUAAUGGGGCAGUGAACAACAACCGUUAGAGCACAUUGCAUUUUUAUUAAACAAUUCAAAGUAGCUACUACACGUUCAUGAUGCUUUCAAAUUACCUAUUAACAUGUUUUCAGUUGUCAGCUGAACUGAUUCUUGGCUCAAACGAUUCGUUUUCAACUCAAAUAAGACGCACCUCAAUAACGUACUAGGAACUUUAUACGUAGAUAUAAUAUAGGUAAGGCAUACAGACGUGAUCUGAGCAAUAUCGCUAUGUAACUGGCUGUGAAAGCUGUCAGUCUUGCCUCCAUAGAUUCCAUAAGUGUUAGGAUUGAGAGACCGGGCCUGGACCUAAGCCUAGUUACGUCAGUCUACGCCACUGCCAGUAUAAUUAUUAUGGGUUAUCGUUGCAAUAUUUGUAGCGGAGCUAGUAGUCUCGAUAAUGUUCAGUGUGGUGGUCUCCAAAUGUAAUUACUUUGUAAUAAAUAAUUUUAAUAAAACAUUAUUGGUUUUAAUUACUAAUUCUUCCUUGUAAACAUCACCUACAGAUCAAGGACGUUGAAAAAAAGGCGGACGCAAUGUCACUCAAAAAUAAUUGGGGACCCAAAAUGUCAGUGGUUUAUUUAUGUGUGCGUAUGUAAUGCGCACGAAAACGGCCUCCUUGCUGCGACGCCUGCAUGAUAGUGCAGCAUUCUGAAAAUGAUUGCUGCACGACACUGGGUGGCGACAGUCAUACAUAAAAACGAGAACAGAUAAAUUUAACAAUACUAGCAUAAUUUAAGAAAUACUAUUACUAACCCACAAUUACUAACAAAACUAUGGAUAAAAGAAAAAUGGUCCGAAAUAAAAGAUUGAUUAUUAUUAUAAUGGGUAAAAAAAACAUUAGGAUGUCAAUUACUAUACGGAGUUAUUGGAACAAUAAAUUUAGUUAUAGUUGUAUAAAUUGUGUUAUAAUUGAUAAAUUAAGAUUAUAAUAUUGUAACGCGGCAAUUCGAUUUUGGUUUGUGUCGGACGCACGCGCGCAACUUUAGUGGCAACACGCUACUUCAGUAUUCCUGUUUCCCCGCCACUGACUGCUCGACUGUAUUCUCGAAGUGGUGCAAACGGUCAUUGAAGGACGCCACGCCUAGAUUUCCCCUCGCUAAAGACCAGAUGCCACACAAAACGUUUCUGAACCCUUUCCAAACGCAACUUGUGAGUGGCAUAAUGCGGUCUCUAUACAACACUACAAUACUC